CCUUUCUAUGAUAUCGGACACCAACAAACCAAGAGUGUCGACCAUGGAUUAAUUAUUCUUGAUCCGCUCGUUUCUCAGAGCAUUUGCUCUAGCUUGCUGAUGAAUCAUAAUUGUCUCAUGACCCCGAAGAACGGCCUAUCGACUUCUCCGAUGAGGUCCUGUGCGAGCGGCACUAAACGGAGAGCUUGCGAUGUUGUUCGGCGUUGCGACUGAUAUGAGCUUACGAUCUCCUGUUUCGUUGACCUGUACCACAACUUGGCGAGGAAGGACACCGGCAUCUCGUAUCCGGAUGAUCACGGAAGACGACAACACUUGUUGCAGGGCAACCAAUACUGUAAGGCAUACUGUAAGGCACUGUUUUCGACAUCUCGCUGCCGUUCCCCGCGAAAAGGCGUAACCACCGUGCGAAGUAGUUAUCUACCUUCCUACUGUCUUGCAUCUGUUGACCUCAUACGACCUGGACCUGACAAGCUGAACCGAACACGAAACGUUGCCACAAAUUAUCAUGGGAGUCGACCGACGCGUCGCGCGAACUGUAACUCAACGAUAGAUCCUGAGUGUAUCUCACGUUCCGCAGGCAUCCAGCUUGGUGGCUCAUUACGCUACAUCUAAUAGCUGCGCAUGACAUUUCAAACAUGUUUUCUGCGUUCCUGAUAUACUUAUGGCCGUCUCGGACCAUGUUCUUCCCGAGCUAUUCGUCACGGAGAUUCCAGAAUGUGGGCCUGAGUGGCUCAUCUUAGUCUGAUAAGAAUGUUCUAUUCAUGUUUCGUGGGUAGAUGCCGAAGGUAUGUCUGAAUCCUGACGAUAAAGUUGGCCCUAGGAACAAUGAGACUUGGGUAACAUGACUCUAGGGACGGGAGUGGACGAAGAUGGUCAAAGUGUUAGUUUUCCCACAGUUUCGGGGCACCUUGAUUUGCGCUAACUUUCGGUCCUGAUCCCGACCACCGUGGACGAAACGCUUGCUGAAAUAACUUUCUUACGUUGAUAGUAAACGAGACAGGAGAUAGAACAUUACUUUUGCACGAUACACCCGAUUCUUCGUUGCUUCCGACGCGAUUUGCUCAUCUCGAUGAGAUCAGCGCCCGCUGUGCCCCAUGUCAGGAGUAUGUUGUCAAGUGAAUGUACGCCGAUGAACCAAGCCAAGAACGUCUGAACGCAAAUGUGUCUCAUGGAGAUAUCUACCCACGACAUCACGUCGCUAACACGACUGUCGGACGUUUCCCACAGUCGAAACUCCUCCCCGCCCUGUCUGUCGGUUCCGCGGCCGCUUUCAAUUGAAACGUACCUUUUCUUGCUCCCACCCCGCCAACAGGGUGAUCACUGUCAUUUUCCCACUGAUCCUGCGUGCCUUGUAUUAGCGCUUACGGUGUUAGAUGCACUUCUCGGCUUCCCGGCCCUUUCUAUGAAACUUAUCUGGAAAGAUGCGCUUUUCUGCGAUUUGUUGUCGAACUGCACAGUGAACCUAGAAAGGCUAUACGUAUGUUGCAAUCUCAAUUAACACCCAUCCACCGCUUUCGGAGCCACCUGUUACGGAAUGCACGUCCGUUCCGUCGCGCGAGUUUCAUCAAUCCCUGGCACAAGUGCUGCAGAAAUGUCUCUGUCAUCUUGUCCAUUAAGCGUAUAAAAAGGCGAUAGGACAGAGAGAUCUGACAGCGUUCCCUGGACCGCGAAACCCUCCUUUGACUUAUACCUUUUGCUUUCAGCUUGAAUCACAAUGUUCAAGGCGCCUUUGGUAUCGUCACUACUUUCCUUUACUCUAGCACGGUUGGCGAGUGCUGCCACUGUGUCGACGGAUUUGACGAUUGCCAACGCGAAUCUUGCCCCUGAUGGUUUCACCAGGUCGACUGUCGUUGCCAAUGGCCAGUUUCCUGCGCCUCUCAUUUCUGCAAAUGUCGGAGAUAACCUCUUGAUCAACGUGCACGAUAAUCUCACCGACACUUCGAUGUACCGCGCUACCUCUAUUCAUUGGCAUGGCUUAUUCCAGAAAGGUACCACGGAAAUGGAUGGACCAGCCUUUGUUUCUCAGUGCCCUAUCAUUCCGGGAAACUCGUUCCUGUACAAUUUCAGCGUCCCUGGCCAAUCUGGAACGUAUUGGUACCACAGUCACUUGUCGACGCAGUACUGUGAUGGAUUACGUGGACCUUUGGUACUCUAUGAUCCGAAUGAUCCACAUGCCAGCCUUUAUGAUGUCGACGACGCGUCGACUAUAAUUGUUUUGGCCGAUUGGUAUAGAAAUGUUGCGCCGAGUCUCUUCCCUAAUCAGGGCCUCGUGGAUCCGACCCCCGAUACCACAACUAUUAAUGGUCUUGGCAGAAAUGCGAAUGGUGACGGAACAGAGCCGUUGGGCGUCGUGAGCGUUACUCAGGGUAAACGCUACCGUUUCCGUGUUGUUAGCACAAGCUGCUUCCCGUCAUACACGUUCUCCAUUGACAACCAUCCCCUGACUGUGAUCGAGGCUGAUGGUGUUGAGACCGAGCCCGUUACUGUUGACCAAUUGGUGAUCUUUGCCGCACAGCGCUACUCCGUGGUCGUUAACGCGAACCAGUCCGUUGAUAACUAUUGGAUCCGUGCUCAACCUUCGGUCGGCACGACCGGUUUCACGAAUGGAACCAACUCGGGUAUCUUGCGUUACGAUGGUGCUAGCAAUUCCGAUCCAACAUCUAUUCAGAACAUGGAGGGUACUACACUUAAUGAGGCUGAUCUUCAUCCUCUCGUCAACCCAGGAGCGCCUGGCCAACCGACUGUCGGAGGCGUUGACUUAGCACUCAAUUUGCCGAUCGGUAUUAACCUUACUACUGGUGAACAUACAGUAAAUGGCGUGACGUAUCGUCAACCAAGUGUACCUGUUCUCCUGCAAAUCCUCAGUGGAACAACGGAUCCUACCAACUUGUUGCCCACGGGUUCAGUUUACGGUCUUCCCGGAAACUCAUCAAUUGAAAUUUCGCUACCAGGUGGAUUCCCUCAUCACAUCCAUUUGCACGGCCAUACCUUCGAUGUUGUCCGAGUGGCAGGACAAAGUGACUACAACUAUGUCAACCCUCCCCGUCGCGAUGUGGUCAGCAUCGGCACGGCAAGCGAUAAUGUGACGAUUCGCUUCACCACAGACAAUGCGGGUCCCUGGAUUAUGCACUGUCACAUCGACUGGCAUUUGGAGGCCGGUCUAGCAGUCGUUUUCGCUGAAGAUACUGGCAACAUCGCAUCGCAGAAUCCAGUUAACAAUGACUGGCAACAGCUCUGCCCAGACUUCAACGCUAACAACCCCGACGCAGGCUUCCCUGGCAUUCCUUAAGUACACAAUGCGAAGGCGACCGCUACAAUGUUCGCUCUGAAGUCCCUCGUCUAAUCCAAGUAACUCUCACAUUUUAUUAUCUCGCUGUGGACAUUAUUUAUCAGGGCUUCGCUGGGGAUCUGGUAAUUAAGAAUAUGUAUACCUUUGCUUUCUUUCGUUUUCGGCUUUUGUGCCUGGACUUUCUUUAAUUAAUUGCUUUGUGGGAAUUGGCAUCUAGUUACCAUUGACUGUAAAGUUACAAAUAAUAACAAAUA